CAUUUCCGUCGGUCCAUGCACCGGUUCCCCUCUACCAUCUUACUCACCACGAAAGAACAGAGAACCCGGGAGACAUCGGAGAAGAGAGUAAAAUAGAGAGCCUGCGUGGAAGAAGAAGAAGAAGAGGCUGAGAAAGAUGGGGCUGAUAUCGGGGCUCGUUGAUGCCGUGGUGGUGCUGUUCUCGGCGGUGCUGGCAGUGGCGGUGCCGUUGAUCGACGCCCAGACCGUCCUUCCCGGCUCCCUCUUCCCGGCGCCGCUAGUGGAGCUCAAGAAGUGGUACAGCGAGGCGUACGGCGACUACCUCAUGGCCGAGAAGCCGCACUUCUUCGUCGGCAUCGUCUGGGUCGAGAUCGCCUUCCUCUGGCCCCUCUCGCUCGCCAACAUCUACGGCAUCCUCGCCCGCCGCCCUUGGGCCGCCACCACCUCCCUCAUGGCCGGCGUCUCCGCCGCCACCUCCAUGGCUACUCUAAUGGUGGAGCUGAUGCUUUCAGGCAAGGCAUCAGACCGGCUGAUUCAAAUGUAUUCUCCAUUUCUGGUUUUCGCCCUCUUUGCAAUGCUACGAGGACUUUUCUCUCACCCUCGACGCACAAGUACUGCUGCAUCUCAUUCCUCUUCUGCUAGGAAGAAGAGGGCUUAAUCAAAACCAAGUGGUGCUUUUCCAUUUUGCACCAUUCCGUAGCUGAGAAAUUAGUUAGGAUCUUCAGUUAUAGUUGAGAAACUGGGGACAUGCAAGAUUUUUCUGUUUCAAGUAUUGUGCUAGAAAUAAUUUAUGAUCACCUAAAUGAUUUUGCCUUUGAAUUUUGUUGUAGUUUUUCUGUCUUUAGUUCUGACCAGUGUUUUAACGACAGAGAUACAAUGCUCAUUUAACAGGGCAUCUAUAAUUAACUUUAGAAUGCCGUGGUAAA